ACGGUAAUCAAGCGUCUCCUUCAUUCGACAAGCAUCAGAUUCAGUACAGGACCAACGUUAAUCUGACUCGAAACUCGUUUCUUCGAUGAAACCAGACGUAAACUUUUUUUUUUUUUUUUAGAAACAAAGAGUGAUAAUGUCUAAAAUAAGUUCGGAUACGUUGUGGGAUAUUGCUGCAGCGGAAGUGUGCAGCAGGGAGAGCAGGACUGAUGAAGAGGAUGCUGAAGAGGACGCGCACUUUCCCACACAGAGAACAGUCUUCUUCAUGGGCAGUAAAGCAGGGGGUAAAACAACAAUAUUACUGCGGUUCCUUGAUAGAGAUGAGACAGCUAAACCUACACUUGCACUGGAGUACACUUUUGGUAGACGUGCAAGAGGGCAUAAUACGCCUAAAGACAUCGCUCACCUGUGGGAACUGGGAGGAGGAAUUUCCUUGUCAGACCUCGUGCAGAUUCCCAUGACGGCUGACAAUGUCAGUUCUUUGUCUGUAGUACUUGUUCUGGAUCUGUCUAAACCCAAUGUUCUUUGGGAGACCAUGGAGAGGCUGCUUGAUUCAGCUCGAAGUCAGGUGGAAAAAGUGUGUGCCUCACAUCAGAAGACAGGAGAAUCCAGAUACGGCAAACAACGAGUCCCACGAGUCCUCCACAAGGACUAUCCGGACAGAGAGCUCAUCAGCCCUUUCCCUGUUCCUCUUCUCAUAGUUGGAAGCAAGUUUGACAUCUUUCAGGACUUUGAUUCAGAGAAGAGAAAGGUGAUUUGUAAGACUCUGCGCUUCAUAGCCCACUUCUACGGAGCCUCAUUAAUCUUCACCAGCAGCAAGUCAGAAGCUACAAUGUCUAAAAGCAGGAGUUUUGUUAAUCAGCUGGCGUUUGGGACUGAAAGACCAAAGUCAAUCUCUACUGACCCCAGCAAACCUCUGGCAAUACCAGCAGGCUUUGACUCCCUCAGUCAGAUUGGCCCGCCUGUAACUUCUGAUGUUGAUAUCGGGACUCUUCAUGCCAAAAACCCCUUAGACCUUUGGAAAAAGGUUUUUGAAAGGGUUUUCCCACCUGAGAACAUCAAGGAACGUAAGGAGCUGAAAGAUCCUGCCAAAGACCCCCAGUACAAUGAGACCCUUAUAGACUCUAUCAGAGCUCAGAAAGACCAGGAGCUGGAGCAGUACAAGAGAGAACAAGCAAAGUCAUGGAAAAGUUUGGCUCUGGAUCCAUAGAUUUCACUCAAAACCUUUUAGAAGACCUACAUCUGUAUUAAUGUAUUGUACUGGACUUCAUCCACUUUCCAUUAUGUACCAUAAAGAAUGAAAUGUCUUCAUGUAUGAAUAUUGCUAUAAUGUGUAAUGGUAGUAUGGCUGUCUAUGUGGCUAACGUUUGUAGCUCAUAUUGCUUCUUUGUAGUUAAAUACAAUUUUGAGAAUGUAUUUUGUAAAUAAAUUAUUAAAUGGAUUAUUUUGUAUAUUGCCCUAUCAAAGCAUCCCUUGAUAAAUAUCAAAUUAUUUCAACUGGACACAA